AUGAAUGGAGAACUUUUAAAAUACUCACCAAACUCACUCGCUCAUCAGUUAUACGCUGAUCUGGAAGUGUGGGUUGGCUCGGAGCACUCUCGUAAAUUCAAAAAACACAUUGGCACUUCACAAGGUGACUCCUUAUCUCCGAUCUUAUUCUUCAUCUAUCUGGGAGCUCUUCUUCGUGAUCUGAGAGCUAAAAUUUGCCCAACCAGUAUCAUAGAAUUAAUAUAUGCGGACGACAUAGAAUUUGUUUUAGAAGAAAUGAAUGAUAUCAGAAUUGCACUUGACUACGCUCCUGAAGUAUCUGGAAAGUGGUUUUUGAAAAUGAACGAACAAAAGACUGAGUUCAUUGCAGUUAAACGAGAAAGUAAAGUUACUGACGAGAUAUGGAGGGGAUCAAGAAAAAUCGGGCCACUGCUUGGUGAUUGGGAAGAUGUCCAACGAAGAAAGAUACUGUUACCACUGAAGAGGCUUAAAUCGAUAUGGCUAAGCUACACCCAUCUCACAAAUCCCGUAAAAGUACGUUUGUAA